AUGGAAAAGAAACUUCAAGCAAAAGAUGAAGUCAUUGAAGCAAAAGACAAAAACAUACAGAAAAGAAUACCACGUUCGGUACCAAAAGGAAAGGAAAAGAACUAUAAGUAUAUGAUUUAUACUGAAGAGAUGGAAAAUGAAGAAGACAGAGAUAUGGUUAUGUUGCAUUUAGUCAGAAGAAACAACAAAAGCUUUUACGACCUUGCUAAGAUUUACAAAUCUGACAGAAAUUGGUUCUAUCGCGAAAACUUACCGAUUUCAAUGACACCAAAUGAAGAUGUGAAACAAAUAGUUCAAGAUACUUUACCUCAAACACACUAUGAUAUGAAAGGUUGUACAAUACUUACAUUCAAAGAAGAUUUGCCGCUACUGAAAGAAAAAAUAACAGAGUAUUUUGACAACUUCAAACAAGCAGAGUAA